AGAUCUGCCGCCAUCUUGUGGCCGCUGUGUGAAACAGCCGUUGGAGCUCAGGAAACCCAAACUUUCAGAACUCGCACUCAUGCUUCAUAAAGAAAGAGAUAAUAUAACCAGAAUGAGACCUGAGUUUUAUCUUUUGCGUGUGUACGCCUUUUUCCAGAUGUCCGGAGCCGUAAACAGGUCGAGCAGACGUCAUCCGACUGAAAAUGAAACUGAAAGUGAAGCAGCUGCAUGUAGCCGUUAGUUAGUCAGCGGUGGAUAAACACACGGUCAGAUUCAGCCUCUGUCAGUCUGAACAUCCACUAAAGGAGAAUGAAGGAUGUGGCUGCGUGUGGAUUUUACAUCGUCCUCUUCGAUGCGGUUCUGUGUUCGGCUCUGUGGGCCGGACGGCUGCUGAUGCAGAGCUCCAGCUGUGGGGGGCUGGCAGCUGUGUGGGCCUUCGGGACGGUAAAGUGGAUCUGUCUCCACGUUUUCACCUUAUUACUGACUGAAGGAAAUCCUCAGGCUGUGCUCCACAGGUUGGUGGCUCUCCUCUGCCUCCUCACUCCUGCAGUUGAAAGUGGACGGUUUCUUGGAUCCUCUCCGUCGGAGCCGUAUUCAGAACCGUCUCCUGACUUCAACAUGCUGCUGCUGGGCCCCGCGGCCUCGGUGUUGGCCUGUUUGGUUUGGGAAAAGGGCCUGUGUGGGAACGGAAAGGGGAAAAAGGACAGCGGCAAACUGGAUACCGGGCAGCUGCUCAUGAGGACGCUGAAGCUCUUCAGACCAGACGCUCUUUAUCUGGUCGCAGCUUUCGGUUUCCUCAUCUUAGCCGUCAUCUGUGAUUCGUUGAUUCCCUUGUAUCAGGGGAAGGUCAUCGACAUGUUACGAGGUGAAGUGCUUCACAGCAGCUUCGGUUACGCCAUCGGAUGGUUGGCAUUUGUCUCUCUUGGAAGCGUGCUGUUCUCUGGCCUGAGAGGAGGAACGUUCAUGUUGACUCUGGCCAGACUGAACAAGAGGCUGAAGGGUUUGCUGUUUCAGAGCCUCCUGCAGCAGGAAGUGCAGUUCUUUGAGGAGAAUAACCCCGGAUCUCUUGCUUCCCGGCUGCACCUGGACGUGGACAGGAUGGGCCGGACGGUAGCGCUAAACGCUAACGCUACGGUUCGCAGCACGGUCAAAGCCGGCCUCAUGUUUGCAGUGAUGCUGAACCUUUCCUGGGAGCUGACUGUGCUCACCUGCAUAGAGAUGCCGCUGACAGCUCUAGUGCAAAACAAAUACAUCACCUUGGCCAAGGAGCUGAAGGAGAAGAUCCAGGACUGCCACGCUGAGAACCGGGACCGGGUUUCUCAGACCAUCAGCGGGAUCCGAACGGUCCGAAGGUUCAAGGCGGAGGAAGGAGAAGUGAGGAGGUACCAGGAGGCCGUGGAGAGAAUGUGCAGCCUGAAGAGACGCUCAGGGAUCUACAGCGUUUGUUUUGGCUUCACACGGAGGCUGUUGACUCUGAGCAUAAAGAUCCUGAUGCUGGUUCAGGCCCGGAGCCUCAUCUCAUCCGGUCGCCUCAGCAUCGGCAGCCUCGUGUCCUUCUUCCUCUACCAGAAGCCCAUGUCAGUGAAUUUAAAGGAGAUUCUGCACUGCUAUGAGGACACCGUGUCCACAGUCGGAGUCAUUUCCAAAGUGUUCGGAUACAUCGACAGGACGCCGAAGAGUAAAAAGGAGGGAGAGCUGGCUCCUGAGACUCUGGAGGGAAGAGUUGUCUUCCAGAACGUCACCUUCAGCUAUCCCUCAGCUCCAGAUAAACCAGCCCUGAAGUCGGUGUCGAUGGAGCUGCAGCCGGGGAAGAUGACGGCUCUGGUGGGACUCUCUGGCAGCGGGAAGUCGUCCUGCGUCAGCCUCCUGAAGAGGCUCUACGAACCUCAGGAGGGACGGAUCCUCCUGGAUGGAGAACCGCUGCAUCGCUACAAACACAAAAACCUGCAUCAGAAGGUAGCCCUCGUUUCCCAGAAUCCUGUGCUGUUUUCUGGCUCCCUGAAAUACAACAUUGAAUAUGGGCUGAAGGGCUGCACCACAGAGAAAAUAAAAGAAACUGCAGAGAGGGUCAAAGCUCAUGAUUUUAUCACUGAAAUGGAGAACGGAUACGACACAGACGUAGGAGAGCGUGGAGGCAAACUGUCCGAGGGGCAGAAGCAGUGCAUCGCCGUCAUCAGAGCUCUGGUUCGAGAUCCGCAGGUCGUCAUCCUGGACGAGGCGACCAGCAAACUGGAUGUGGACGCGCAGCAUGCUGUUGUGCAGGAGGUUCUGGCUCGAGGCCGGACGGUUCUGAUCGUGGCUCAUCAGCUGAAGACCGUGGAGAAGGCGGACCACAUUAUCUUCAUAGAGAAGGGAGUGAUCAUGGAGGAGGGGACGCACAGCGAGCUGAUGGCCAGGAGAGGACGAUACCAUCGCUUAAAGGAGGAGCUUUUCUCUCAGAGCAACUAAGAAAAGCUGCUGUAGUCUCUGUUUGUUUGAUAGCUGUGAUAAAAACUGGGUGGUUGAGUUGUGUCCUGAUUUUGGUCUGAUAAUGUUAAGAAACACUCUUAGUUCAAAAAGCAUCUCCAUUAUUUAAAGAUAGAUAGAUACUUUAUUCAUCCCCAUAGGGAAAUUGUUGUAUCCGGCAGCUCAUAUUAAACACCUAAGAGAACACAUUAAAACAUCGUCACAUGUAAAACCAUAAAAACAUAAAAAGGGCAACCGAGCUGAAAGUGGGGGAGCUAAGAGAAGUUCUGUAUUCUGAUGGCUGAAGGGAUGAAGGAUCGCCUGAAGCGCUCCGUCCUGCAGCGCAUUGAAAGCAGACGGUCGCUGCGGCUGCUCUUCUGUCCAGACACAGUACUGUACAAAGGAUGGGUGGGAUUUGUCAGGAUGCUCUGCACCUUGACCCUCAUGCAUCUCUCUGUCCCCACAUCGUCCAGACCUCUCCCAACCACUGAACCUGCUCUCUCUAAAGCUGUGGUUUUAUCUGCAUAGAUUAUGUUUACUGUUUGCAUUGAGAGGAUUUGAGAGUAAAUCAGUGAAACUAUUCAGAGAGCAGCGACUUUAGACUGAAGGAAGUGAAAGUGUAGAAACUUUGUGAGUUGAUGAAUUAUCAGUACUGUUUUACAGCAAGUGUUCUUUGUACAUACCCAGGGUGGGAGGGAAAGAUUUUCUUGUUUUUAUUUCAAUGUUUUAAUGUUGUGAAGCACUUUGUGGUGCGUUUUCAUCAGAGGAAAAGUGCUAUACAAAUAAAGAUUGAUUGAUUGUGUUUAUA